AUGCUUCCGAGUCCUGUGACCUCCACUCCGUUUUCGGUAAAGGACAUCCUGAAACUGGAGCAGCAGCAAGCGCUGAACCCUGGGGUAUUCAUGGGUGUUGAGCAGGACUCUGUGCCGCUGCAGUCGCUUCAGCUUCAGUGUAUGCAGAACACCCUGAGCCGGAGUCUAGAUCUCCUUUACAGCCCGGAGAAAGGGAUCGCCGGAGAACAGGUGAAAUGCGACGACUUUGACAUCGUCAGAAGCUCAUGCGGAUCUCCAACGGAGGAGGAGAUGGAUGCAAACGAAGAAACAAGCAUGUGUCCAUAUGCCGACUCCAGCUACAGCGGUAAAAACAGCGAGACACACCGGGAGAAACCGAAGCAGAGGCUGCGCAGGAAACCGCGGGUGCUUUUCUCCCAAACACAAGUGUUUGAGCUGGAAAGACGCUUUAAGCAGCAGAGAUACCUUUCGGCCCCGGAGCGAGACCACCUGGCUCUUGCACUGAAGCUUACAUCCACACAAGUCAAAAUAUGGUUCCAGAACCGGAGGUAUAAGUGUAAGAGACAGCGGCAGGAUAAAUCCCUGGAGCUGGCCGGCCCGCGGAGGGUGGCGGUGCCCGUGCUAGUGCGGGAUGGCAAACCCUGUCACGGAGCACCGUACAAUGUCACUGUAUCAUAUCCCUACAAUAACUAUUACAACAGCUAUGGAAAUAACCCAUAUCACUGUAACUUCACUUCUGUGCCAUCAUUUGCCAACACAAGUCAAAUACCAAAUCACUUUGUGGACAUGAAUCUGGCGACGGGAUCCGUUGAUGGGAUCAGAACUUGGUGA